CAGCUAUCUGCUUUCUUUCUUCUGAUGACUAUAACUAUUUGUACAUUAUAUUUACACAUUGGUGUCAGAAAUCCCAAAGAAAACAAAGGAGCAUCGUAUAUAAUUAGAGAUCAGGAAUUACUGUUUUUUUAAGCUUUGAUUAUGGAGGCGCAACUGCACCAUCCCCAGGAUACUGGAUUGCACAAAGGGGAAGGCCAAGGUCAAGUUCAUGAUGAAGGUGAACAUCAUCAUCAUAAGAAAUCAGUACUAAAGAAGGUUAAGGCAAAGGCAAAAAAGAUCAAGGAUACUCUAAAGCAUGGUCUUGGACACGAUCACGACCAUGAUCAGCACGAGCAUCGUCCACUGCAAGGUGAACAUGAGGAAGNCCCAAAAAAAAUAAAAAAUAAAAUAAAAUAUUGCAAUAUUCACUGGUCAGAUGCUAUUAGGAGUAAAGAUAUUCGAAAAGAGAAUGUUGGGCCAAUGGUCAAUUUAGAGAAUCCAACAAGCCCAAAGGAGGAUCGUUACGAUCAUGCUAAGAUGAAACAUGAAGAAACACAUAGGCCAGUUUUGCAGAGACAAGACGAAUUUGCAAGGCCACCAUCCGUGGGCGAGACUCACUUCCCUGAACAAAGGCAUAGACCACCCUUUGCUGAGACUCAUGAAACUAAGGGCACUGAUCAUGGGAAAGUAGAAGAUCAAGGAUUACACGUGUAUAAAAUUGGAGCACAAACAGGUCUGGAGAAUCCCCACGCCUCCCACUUCUCCCAAGAGAGGGAUAGAUCACCUUUUGCUGAGACUAAGGGCAUUGAUCAUGCUACUGCCUAUGGAAAACAAGAGCAUCAAGGACUGCAGGAGCAUGAAAAUAUUGGGGCACCAACAGGUUUGGAGAAGCCUUACUCUUCCCGCUUCCGUGAAGAGAUGCAUAGGCCACAUGCUGCUGCUGAAUCUGAUAUACAUGAGACUAAGGACAUUGAUUAUGUUACUGCCCGUGGGAAAUUAGAAGAUCAAGGACUGCAGGGGCAAAAAAUCGGUGUACCAACAGGCAUAGAGGAGGAUCCUCACGCUCCUAAGGACCGUCCUGAGUUGAGCCCGAAUCCAACCAACUAUCAGAGUAAAGUAACUGAUCCAACAGGCGCCACUAAUGAAGAGGCAGGAGUUAGUCCACUUGUUCCAUUAUUCGAGAAAAUGGGUGUGAAUGAUGCUCCUCCAGAAACAACACCAAAGCAAGGGACUGAACAAAUAAUGCCAGAGCUAGGAGCAGGGGACAACAAAUUUGAUCAAGGAACAGAACACAGCCUAUAUACAGGAACACAUGAUCAAUUUGCACCACAGGAAGAACCUACUGGUUUCCCCUCAGUUCCUAAAAACACUGAAUCACUUCCUAAAAGCAUGAAUCCUAGCAAGCCAGAAGAUUCGCCUCAGGACGCACUAACUGGAAAACCAGGUAGCUAUACAGAGAAAAUUUCAUCCGCCACAUCAGCAAUUGCUGAUAAGGCAGUUGCUGCUAAGAAUGUUGUUGCCUCCAAGCUUGGGUAUGGUGGCACAGAGGAGGACACAAGAAAGUCACAGGCAAGUGUAGGUGAUGAAGAUAAAGCAAAAACAACCUCAGCAACUGAAUUAGCACAAAAAGCUGUGAGCACAGUGGCAGAAAAACUUGCUCCUGUUUAUGAAAAAGUAGCAGGUGCUGGCACCAGAGUCAUGGCAAAAGUUGAGGGCACAGCAACUGGAGUAACAGGACAUGAAAGCAGGGGAGGAGUUGAUGCAGAACAUGAAGACAAGACUAAAGCUACUGAUAAAGGAGUUUCAAUGAAGGAGUAUUUGGCCGAGAAAUUUAAGCCUGGAGAGGAGGACAAGGCGCUGUCUGAGGUGAUUUCAGGAUCACUUUCGAGACAGAAGGAGAAAACAGAGGAGUCAAAGCCAAUGGGGAAGGUAACGGAAUCGGAGGAAGAGGAGAGGCGAUUAGGUCCUAUUGAAGACGCAAAGAAAGAAGAAGAUGGUGCUUCUGGGGAAACUCAAGUUGGCGAAGGCUUUGGACAGGGUGUAGUGGAUAGGCUUAAAGAUGCUGUAACUACGUGGCUUGGGAAAGGUGGUGAAACACAGACGUCCACAAAUGGAACAAAUUCUGCUGUGCAUGGAGGUGCUGUAGUUGGAAGGGGUACAUGAUCAGGAUGUUUGCGAAAUUGAAGUUAUACAACCAUGAUUCCUUGACUUCUUGUGCUUUGCAUUUUCGCUUAAUUUUCUUUUUUGUUGUGGUGUGUUCAAACAUAAGCUUAUUCUAGGAAGUUGUAUUUUGCCUAUUCUGUGUUUUGUAAUCACACAUAUUAAGUUGUAGUAUAUCGAUCUGUGGUGGUUCACUCCAGCUAGUUUGGGGUUCUGUUGUUUUGUACUGACCUGUGAAACUCAUGGACAAGCGGGCCAAAUGGACAUGUGGUUUCCUGUA